AUCAUCUACAGUAACUCUUGAGUUUCCAUGUAACUAAUUCGCGCGCAAUAGGCACCAUCUGUUGCAUGUGACUAUCUCCAUGGCACCGGGCAUCGCGCUCGAGAGUCCUGUGCCAGUCAAUUUUUAUUGUUACAGUUCGCCAGUGCGCAGGCGCAAACCAGGGGAGCGCGGAGCCUGCAGAACUGCGAGCGCUCCGUGGUACAAAGGACCCAUACCAGCCAGGCACGGCGCAGCGUUACCAUGAUCUUCUUCAUCCCACCGAUAGAUUCCCAUCCCGCCUGCAUCACUUUAACGACCAGCUUCCAGCAAGUCCGCAAACCUGACCGACGCUGCCCGGCCGCAGAAUGCACGGGGGAAAAAGAGGACUGGUGGCACCACAGAACACUUUUUUGGAAAAUAUUGUUCGUCGCUCAAGUGAGACAAGUUUCUUGUUGGGGAACGCUCAAAUCGUGGAGUGGCCUAUAGUUUACAGUAAUGACGGAUUCUGCAAGCUGUCUGGAUACCACAGGGCAGAGGUCAUGCAGAAGAGCAGCACCUGCAGUUUCAUGUACGGCGAGCUGACAGACAAGAAGACAAUAGACAAAGUCAGACAGACCUUUGAUAACUAUGAGUCCAAUUGCUUUGAAGUGCUGCUCUAUAAGAAGAACAGAACCCCUGUGUGGCUCUACAUGCAGGUGGCCCCCAUCAGGAAUGAGAACGAUAAGGUGGUCCUGUUCCUCUGCACUUUUAAAGACAUCACUGUCUUCAAGCAGCCCAUUGAAGAUGAGACCACCAGAGGAUGGACCAAGUUUGCCAGGCUGACCAGGGCUUUAACCACUAGCCGGAGUACACUUCAGCAGCUCACACCUAUGAACAAGACUGAGGUCAGCCAUAAGCAUUCACGACUGGCAGAGGCUCUUCAGCUGGGCUCUGACAUCCUCCCUCAAUAUAAGCAAGAGGCUCCUAAAACUCCACCUCACAUUAUAUUGCACUACUGCACCUUUAAGACCACUUGGGACUGGGUCAUCCUCAUUCUCACCUUCUACACGGCCAUCAUGGUGCCCUACAAUGUGUCCUUUAAGACCAAACAGAACAACCUGGUGUGGUUGGUACUGGACAGCGUGGUGGAUGUCAUCUUCCUUGUGGAUAUUGUGUUGAACUUUCAUACAACUUUUGUGGGACCUGGAGGAGAGGUCAUAUCUGACCCAAAGCUCAUACGCAUGAACUACUUGAAGACCUGGUUUGUCAUAGACCUGCUGUCUUGCCUGCCCUAUGACAUCAUUAAUGCCUUUGAAAACGUGGAUGAGGAUCCCAUUGCAGACUCUUCUGCAGUGGGCCACAUGCCAGCUGCGGCCCAUUCUCAACGCAACGGCACACGUGCGGAGGACUCGGUGUUGCCUGGUCUCAGCAGUCUGUUCAGCUCAUUGAAAGUGGUGCGUUUACUCCGUCUGGGUCGUGUGGCACGCAAACUGGACCACUAUCUGGAAUACGGUGCUGCUGUGUUAGUUUUACUGGUGUGUGUCUUUGGCCUGGUGGCACAUUGGCUGGCCUGCAUCUGGUACAGCAUUGGUGAUUACGAGAUCUUCGAUGAGGCCAGCAAUAACAUCAAGAGGGAAAGCUGGCUUUAUCAGUUAGCUAUCAGCAUUGGCACUCCAUACCGUUACAAUGCCAGUGGCUCUGGCCAGUGGGAAGGUGGUCCCAGUAAGCACACACUCUACAUAUCGUCUCUCUAUUUCACCAUGACAAGUCUCACCACCAUUGGCUUUGGGAACAUUGCACCUACUACAGAUGGAGAGAAGAUCUUCUCUGUGGCCAUGAUGAUGGUGGGCUCUCUUCUGUACGCCACCAUCUUUGGAAACGUGACCACCAUCUUUCAGCAGAUGUACACGAACACCAAUCGCUACCAUGAGAUGCUGAACAAUGUGAGAGACUUCCUGAAGCUCUAUCAGGUGCCUAAAGGACUGAGCGAGAGAGUUAUGGACUACAUUGUGUCCACAUGGGCCAUGACCAAAGGCAUAGACACAGAGAAGGAUAAUCUCACCAGUUCCGAUCCCGACCCAGAGCCCAGCCCACCAUCUCCCCGCGGUGCGGAGCAUCAGCCUGAGCCCACCGUUGACGGAGAGCCGGAGCCCAGAGCUGAGGAUCACCGCGGAGCCAGAGCUGCAUAUUCCGUCAGACUAGGUGAGAGAGCUGGCUACCACGCCCGCCAUGAGGGAGAAAGCCGAGGCCAAUGGAAAGUGGAAGGGGACCUCAUAGACUGGUAUGCUGACCUGCCCUCUCUCCUCCCUCCUUCUUCGGAGCCCUCUGUCACCCCUGUUCCCAUAUCCAGCCCAGAGAGGGCUCCGGUUUUCACGUCCAGCCCAGAGGGGCCUCCCGUUCCUGAGUUUAGCCCAGGGAGGGCUCCUGUUUCCAAAUCCAGCCCAGAGAGGGCACCCGUUCAUGAGUUUAGCCCAGAGAGGGCUCCUGUUCCCCCGUCCAGCCCUGAAAUCCCGGAGCCCACCAUUUGUAUGGUGCAAGCUCCAUGUGUCUGCCAUCCUCCAUCGUCACCGUGGCUGGAGAAUCCCUUACCUCCGCCUCCAGCCUCUAAGCCCCGCACUCCGCCUCGGCUCGUCGACCCGUUGGCUCCACCAUGGUUCCUAGCUCCCUCCUCUCCGCCGUGGCCCAUCUGUCUACUGGCUCCGCCAGGCUCCUCGGGACUCCACUCCUCCGGCUGCUCCUCGUCCCUCUGGCUCCGUCAGGCUCCUCCUUCCCUUCGGCUCCACCUUGGUCCUCUGUCGCUCCGGCUCCACCGCGGGCUUCUGGAUCCCCGCCUCCGUAUCGGUCGCCUGAACCAUCUGCUCCGCCUUGGCCCUCCGGAUCCUCCCCGUCGCCUUGGCUCAUUGGCUCUCCGCCUCAGGCUCUUCCGCCACCUGUUCCGCCGCCAUUGGUCAGCCCCUGGAGUAGUCAGCCCUCCUUCCACCAUGGCUCCUCCGUGGGUCGACAUUAUGGCUGUGGCCUGUGUCCCACCUGGCACUGCCUGCUCCAAGCCCCUCCUGUCGUUUCCCUGGCUCCUCCCUCCACCUGGUCCACCCUGGUUCCUCCUGGCUCCUCCCUCCUUCAUCACCUCCCUGGUCUCUGUCUGUCGGCCCCCUCACGGGUGUAAGGGUGAUGUGUUUGGUGAUGUGUUCUGGAAGGAAUCCACACUGGCACAUGCCUGUGCUAACGUGAGGGCUCUGACAUACUGCGACCUGCAUGUCAUCCGGAGGGACGCGUUACUCAAAGUGCUGGAGUUCUACACGGCCUUCGCCAGUUCCUUCUCCCGAAACCUCAUCCUCACCUGCAACCUCCGCAAGCGGAUUGUUUUCCGCAAGAUUGUCGAUGUCAAGAAGGAGGAAGAGGAGAGGAGACACCAGAAAAAUGAGGUGACGUUGUCAAUCCCUGUAGACCAUCCUGUCCGCAAGCUCUUCCAAAAGUUCAAGCAACAGAAGGAGAUGCGAACACAAGGUUCAUCCCAGCAUGACCUGGAGAGGAACCAGUUUCAGGUGGAACACCACCUCCAUCCACUGUCCCACCAAAUUCAUCAGCAGCAAUAUCAGCCCCAGUACCAGGGCCACCAUCCUCUUCAACACCAACACGUGGCUCCCAUGCAAAACGGGGCCCCUGGCUCGGGAAAUGGGAACAGUGGUUCUAGCGUUGUGACCGUUUCGCAGAUAACCCCAAUCCAGAGUGCCCUAGCCUACGUUCAGACUGAGGAACCGAACAGGAGUGAAGGCCAUGAGGCUAUGGAACUCAAGCCCAGCUUUGGCGUAGAGGACUCAAAUUGUCUGAAGGUAACAAGUCCGGUGAGACCAAGAGGAGGAAGAGGACGAGGCUGGAUGCGUUUUCAUAACAUUGCAUCAGGAUCGUCUCCUAUGCUUCCGCUGGAACUAGAGAAGCAGCCGCAGCAGAAGGAAGAGGAAUGGGGGGAUGUAUCCCAGCCGCUAAAUGUGAUCUCCGAAGAUGGGAAGAUCCAGGAAGCAGAGGGUGGAAAGUCUAACGAAAGGGGUCCCGGUGGAAAUGGUAACAGUAGUGAUGAGACUGAUGAGAAUAGUGCUCUACACAAGACUGAUUCUUGCGACAGCGGAAUCACAAAAAGUGACUUGCGCAUUGACCGGGUUGGUGAUUCACGGAGCCCAUACGAGAGAUGUUCAAUGGAAAGGAGCCCGUAUGAACAGCCCAGCCCUGGAGUGGGCGACAUGACCCUUCGGGGGAUUCACUUUCAGCCUCUCCCUGAACAGACUGUGCUUCAAAACAGUCUGUACGAGGCAAAGCUGGAGCUAAAAGGUGACAUCCAGACAUUAAACAGCCGGUUAGCGGCUCUGGAGGACCAGGUGGGGGAGAUUCUGAGACUUCUCUCGGAGAAGAGGAAACCUUCCCCACCUCCUCAGACCUCUUCGCCAAAAACCCCACUUCAGUGCCAGGACAUCUUUGCCGUUUCUCAGCCUGUCACUCCAGAAACGGAGGGGGACAAUGGACCUCUUUGAAUUAGGAUAAAUAUAUUUAGAUAUUGAUAUGCUGUUUUUAUCAUUUCCCUUCCUCACACUCAGGAAGGAAAGGUGAAUACUGAUGAUUAGAGGAAGGAUCCUUGCUGUUGUAAAUAUAUAUUUGCAUGUCCAGCUGGAAUCUGGCCUGCCAAUGAAAUCUUCUCUACGGAUAGUAGUUGCUUGUACACGUACAGAGUCAGCUGCAUGCGGAGAUGAUUUUAUUCUGACCUUGCACAUGGGAUCUUCUAACCAGGUGAUAUUUCAGGGCAUUUUCUCUUUGAACGACAGCUUGAUGCCCUAGACAUGGGAUCUUGAAUUGCUGUAAGACAGAAUCAGGCUUGGUUUAAUACAGCCAUCGAUCAUUCUUCAUAGUGAAAUGGCUAUUAAUAGCUACAGUCAUUUAAAUUGGAUAGUUACUCAAAAAAUGACGAUUCUGUCAUCGUUCACUGAUGUCGUUCCAAAUCCGUAUGACAUACUUUCUUCUGUAGAGCAUAAAAGAAGAUAUUUUUUGUCUGUAAAAAAAAAAACGGUAAUACAGUGGGAUCCAACAUAGCAUUAGACCCUAUGAAGUUUCAUCGUAUGGACAAAAAACAACAGACAUUUUGCAAGAUUUUGUGUUCGACACAAAGAAAGUCAUACAGGUUUGAAACGACACGAAGCUGAGUAAUUGAUGACAGAUCUUUCAUUUUUAAGUGAACAAUCCCUUUAGCACAAUUUGCUCAAAAUUAUUUCCCCCAGUAUGCAGCUCUCCUUCAUAAGCAUAAUGAUUGGAAGUUUGCAGGAUUGUUUGCCCAGACGAUUUCUUGGAUGUGAUUAAGGCGAUAAUCCAAUAACUAAACUCAUUUUUGAUAUUCGAAACACAUUGCAUUACCAACAUUGUUUCAAAUUCCAUUAUCAUUAUCGCCUUUUCUGUAUUUAUUUUGUGGAACGUUAUGAUAGAUAAGAGAGUAAUGACUUUUUUGAGGGGCUGUUUUACAUGUUUGAGAGAGAUAUAUCUGCAUGCUGGAUGGAUUUAGCUCUGGCAUGGUAGGACUAGGGACUAAUUGUUUUUCCCUUAUCAAUUAUGCAAACAUACAAAGUGCAAGUCACAAAGGGGGGCCUGCAUUUUGGGAAAGCAUGAACACAUUCAGGUCAUUUGGAAAUUAUACAAGCAUGCACUGAAUUCUUUGCAUGGCAUCAACAUUGUGUGUUACAUAUGAAAGAUCAUGGAUUCCUAGUAUUGUUUCCCAAGAGAUAUCAAUGUUUACUACCCACAUAUAAUUUCAUUCCAGAUGCAUAUUUCAAAACCUUUACAUUUUAAUCCAGUACCCAAACUAAAGCCACACUAAACUGCCUAGUAAGGCAGUGAUUUUGAAUGAACCUUUCAGUUGGUCAUUUGAAAGUACUGUGGGGAACUUUCUAAAUAUUACGUUAUUACAGCCACAGGCGGUGACUCACUGCGUAUCAGCAUACUCAUGGGUGCUUUAGACGGUUUAUAGCGUAAUGACUAAUGCCCCUUCACCUCUUAUUUCCCAUCAGUUCUAUUGUAUGUUAUUAGUCCAUUCUGGUGAUAUUCAUACCAAACACAAGGGAUGUUGAAUUGUGAAUGGGGUUAAGAUUAAUAUAACAACAACAGGAGUGUAUUAAAUUAUUGCAUAUAGAUCGUUUAACAUAAAAAUGUUCUUUCAUAAAGCAAUCCACAAACAAGCAAAAGUACGUCAAAGCAAUAGCCUUUAUCGUAUAUCCCUCCAGUUAUUCCCCAAUUUGGUUCCCUCUUUGAUAAACACAUGCUCAUCACUGUAAGUGCUCAGAUAAUAAUAUUAGUUCACUACUAAUCGUUUGGUUUAAUCAUCAUUUCAGAGUUUAUGAUGUUCAUUGGGACCAAAGACAUUAGUUGUUUUGUACUAAUCACAUUAAAUCAGUGUCCUGCUCAAAUUCUCAGCCCCAUUAUUAGCUGCCACCAGUGGAUGGUGAUAAAAGCCUUAUUGGGUUUUCUGUUUUGCUACUUGAGCAAAAUAAACAAAAGAAAGAUGAGAUUAUUCAGAAAAAACGUGGGCAUAAUAUUUCUAAACCCCAUGAUUUGAUGUUGAGAAUUGGUUUAUAUAACUAAAACCUGAAAAUUCUGUCAUCAUUUAAUCUCUAAAACCAAUAUGAAUCUUUCUUCAAUGUAAAACAAAAUCAAAAAGGUUGAUAUUGUACUGGCCAAAUUUAUGAAACUCUUUUUUGUGUUUUAUGUUUUUUUGUAACUUGACAGUUUGUAUUCCUAUUUGCAAAGAGCAACCAGUACAUUCUUUAACAUAUCACCUUCUGUGAUCCACAAAAGAAACAAACUUUAAACUAUGUUGAAAUAAAAUGAAAGCAAAUAAAUUUGACAGAAUUUUCAUCUUUGGCUAAACUAUCCCUUUCAAGCUGACUUCAAAUUUUUGAAUCAUGAAAAUAAUAAUAACAGUAAUAAUAUACUCCAAUAAUAACACACUUGGAGCAUCAUAAAAAAUAAAACACGCUUGAUUUUUUUCCCCCCUUUCUUUCAUUCACUGGUUUCAUGCCUUGAGAUUUCAGUGUCCUGUGCUCCUUCUUUCUGUUUGAGUUAUUUUUCCUGUCAUUCAGCCCAGCGGAGAGGAGCACAGACAGUGAAAUGAUUAUUCCUUGAGUCUCCCAUGAAAUUGAAGAGAUGGAUAUAAUAGAUGCUAAAAGCUGUAAUAGUGUGGUAGACGACGCGAGUCUCUGUAAUGGAAUGGAGCUUACUCGCUGCGUGGACCCCAGGGUGCCUGUUUCGAGGAUUACACAGUUUUCGGAAAGCUAUGAGGGUAUUCAGCUCCACUGGGUAUUGAAACUUUUCGGAGUGGGGAGGAUUUGAGAUGACGUGCCCGAUCCUUACACGCGCUGGAGCCAACGGUGAGCACCACAGGCCCAGUGGGACGUUGGACUCUGGCAUCUGACUGCAUGCUGCAUUUUUGAACUGUAUAAAACUUAAUGCCAAUGAGAAUGAUAUUUGCCUGCCAAAGCAGUGUUUUGCUGCAACUUUUCAUGCACACACACAAAAUGGGCAGAGGCCUGGGCACUAAAUCACUAAAAACACAUACAGUGUUACUUUGUGAAUGAAGACGUUACAUGCCAAUACAGAACAUUUCUAAUGUCUGUGAAUAUAUGCUGGCCAUUGCACCACAAUCAUCAAAUAUAGUAUAAAAUUGCCAUUUAUUAUAUCUCCAGUCUCUAAAAAAGGGUACAAAAGUAAAAGAUAAAACCAAAAUGUGGGAUGUUAAAAUCAAACAGUAUCUAUAAUAAAUUAAAGCAGUUUAAAUUAAAUUAAUUUAAUCAAAUUUUUGAUCUACAGUAGUUUAUUUAAUAACACAUAAAUAUAGAUUGUCUCUCAGCAAAUAUUAGCUACCGUGCCUUUAAGGGGAUUCAUGCUGUUGGAAUUUUUUUUCACACAGGAUAUAUUUUGGCUUUUUUGACACAAAUUAUUGGUCAAAAAUUCUUACAGUUAGUUAUUAAACAAGUAUUUUGCCCUAGUAUUUAUGUAUGUAUGUAUUUAUUUGUGCUCAAGCUCUGUCAGGUUGCUUGAAUAUCUUGAGUAGAUGAGCCUUUGUAAAGUGCACCCCAUAAAUACUCAGUUGGACUGAAAUCUGGAUUUGUUAAAGGGAUAGUUCACCCACAACUUCUGAUUUCUGUCAGUUCUGUCUGAAUGUUGUUAUCCAAGCAGUUGAUAGUAGCCAUUGACUUCCAAAGUAUUGAAGAAAGAAAAAAAAAAAUGCUGUGGAAGUCAAUGGCUAGCAUUGUCACAGUUAUGUUCUGUUUCUUUGUAUUUUGGUUGUCUUCCUCAUUGACCUAGUUUCUCAGUCUGUUUGAUUAUCAUUCUGUUCACCUGUUACCUUAUUAAUUAGCUCAUUAGUUCCAUUAGGCAGUCGUGGCCUAAUGGAUAGAGAGUCAGACUUGUAACCUAAAGGUUGUGUGUCUCAGGUCCACUCUCUCCACCCUCAAUACCAUGACUGAGGUGAGACCCUUGAGUAAGGCACCGAACCCCCAACUACUCCCUGGGUGCCGCAGCGUAAAUGGCUGCCCACUGCUCUGGGAUGGGUUAAAUGCAGAGCACAAAUUCCGAGUAUGGGUCGCCACACGUCACAUCCUUUCCUUCAUUUUUUUAGUUAAGUUCCUUUUUCUGGUGUCGUCCAUGUUAUGGCCUAUUUUGGAACUUAUCUUUGGUCACACUUUAUUUUAAGGUCCAGUUCUCGCCAUUAACAAACCAUUAACUACAACUUCUGAAUCAAUAAACUCCUAAUUUGUAAAUGUUAAGUAUUGAUAUUGGGUAGGAUCAGGGAUAUAAAAUAUGUUCAUGCAGAAUGUGUGCUUUAUAAGCACUAAUAAACAGCCAAUAUGUAAAUUAUACUGUAGGCAUGUUAAUAAGCAUCUAGUUAAUAGUGAACAUUGGUCCCUAUACUAAAGUGUUACCUUAUCUUCUUCAUCAGUCUUAUCUCUGCAACCAUGUGUGACAACCAUCAACUGUUUGGUAACCAUCAUUUAAAAAAAAUAUCUACUUUUGUGUUCAUCAGCAGAAAGAAACUCAUACAGGUUUUGGAACUGUAGGAUAAGUAAAUGAUGACAAAAUAUUCAUUUUUGGGAACUAUCCCUGUAAUAUUAAGCUUUGGCUUUAUGCUUAAGGUCACCAUUUUGCAUGAAAACAGAGAUUCUCUGAAGUCACAAGUGUCUCAAAGACACUAUCAGGACGUCAUUUUCCUGCAUUCAUUUUUACUCUCCACCCUUACAAACCUGCCAGGGAAAGAAGCAUCCCCACAGCAUGAUGGUGUGUUUCUGAUCAUGUGCAGUUUGGCUUACAACAAACAUGGCAUUUAGUCUAAUGUCCAGAAAGCUCAAUUUUCAUCUCAUCAGACAAAUGAAUCUUCUUCCAGCUGGCUUUAGUGUUUCCCACAUGUCUUAGUGUCAACAAGAUGUCAUAUGCCGUUUUUCAACAGUGGCUUCUCUGUCACUUUCCCAUAAAGCUGUGACUGCAAAGCAUUUCCAUUUCUUAAUUACUGGUUUAAAUCCAAGAGAUAUUCAGUGCCACGUCCAUCUCCUGGCUUGUGCUUUUCUAUUACUCUUUUCAGAGUUGCUUGGAGUGUUAGUUUUUCCUCAUGGUUUAUGUUCUGCCGCAGUUCUGACUCACCAAAACUUGGACCUCGCAGAUAGAAGUAUUUGAGAAGUAUAGAAUGCACACAAGUCCUUUUAACUAUUCAUUUAACAUUAAGUAUUUAUGACUACAAACCAUUUGGCUGCACCAGUGAUGAUUUUGGUGAGUCACAUAUAAGGGUGAAAACGGAUUAUAUUCAUAAUCACUUUGUAGAGAUCAGUUUUCCUUUUUGAAAUUAAAGUCUCUUUUUGUUGAUCAGUGUCAAAAAGCCAAAUUAAGUCCAAUGUGAUUCAGUGCUGUUCAACAAUGAAACAUGAAAAGGAACGUAAAUGUAUUUUAUAGGCACUGUAAAGGUGAGGAUUAGGCAUUUACCUCAAAAUUAUCACAAGAACCUUGUUUAUGAAUAAAAAGGUGGUUGAGGUUAAAAUUAAUUUCUAACUGGACAGAAAUUGGUGUCAGAUAAACCAUCAAUUCAAGCUGAUCUGCAGUUCACACACUGUAAGAGGUCAAUCUUCUCUUUCUUUCAGACUUGCAUGUCUCAGACUUCAGCAGAAUUUCAUUGCUCUCAUCUGUUCUCAUAGUUGAAGUGCUGCCCAGGCUCCUCUUAACCCUUUUGGAAGCAGUGACCACUGAGUUUAUUAAGCUCCUUUUCCACUGUAAAUGAGACUGCCUUUUUAUCAGUGUAAAAAAAUAUUAUUAUAAUAUUUCUGAGGGAGGUGGGGAAAAGUGUUUAUUUUUACCACACUGGCAUGAAUAUUAAUAAUUUGUUAUAUACAGUGUAAUACACUGAUGUUAUAAAAUAAAGAUUUAA